GUAAUGUUUUCAGCUCGGCCUAAACGUCGCAGUUUGGUUUACCGGAGUAAAUCGACAGACCGAACGCAAGUACAAAAGCGCUCAGCUGAUUUCGAUGGAGAUGUCGAGAGCCUCAUCUUGGGGAUGCGCCGCUCAAAAGUCACGUCUCCGGCUGGAUUUGCAGCAAAGGUUUCGUGGCUCUCCGUGACGAGCAAACGUUGUAAAUAGGUAUCCGACUGAAAGCAGACACACACAUGCACGCUGAGGAUAAUACUGUAGUUUUUAGCAGCGUCGGCAGCUGGUUGAAUUCAGAUCGACGUCCACGUGGUCACCGAUUUUAACUCUGAAAAUAAGUAACGCGUGCGUCUCACCGCGGACAGGUGUGUGACCGACACCGGUCACGUCCCCACUCGGUGGACCGCUGCCUGGACCCGCAGCUGGCUGCUGCCGCCGCCGAAUUCCACGUCUCUGCUCAUCUCGAACAAACUGAACUGGCUUUUGCCGGUGGCACGGAAGGCCGUUGGGGGCGGGCACCCCUCCCCUCCCUAUUCACAGCACAAGUCCACAUUGACAUAGUGAGGAUUCCUCCGCGCGGUGGCUGGCGGAGGGCCAGCGCCAUGCGGCACGCGAACAUAACUCACGAAUGGCCUCGUCCGCUGCGUCUGCAGCGCAGCGAGAAUCCUGGGAAGGUCACAGGGCGCCGCGCGUGUAGAAAAUACGCACGGUGGUCGCGCGCGUUAAAAACGCAGCCAGAAAAGCGAUACGGACGGGCCGCGACGCGAUGAGAGGCCGGAGCUCGGCGGCGAUGGUUCGGGAGGUUCGCCUGGCUCAUCCUGUAACGCUGCGCCGUCAGCGGGUUGUACGGAACGCGCCGCGCGUCUCGCCGUGCCAAGUUACCGCAACUAAUAUUAGUCGUUCCAACUGCCGCUACGAGCCGGAGGAUUCCGGACCUCGUUCCGCGAGCUUCGCUGUAACACCGUACCUUGUGUUCCCACGAACGACCGCGUCUCGUCGACCGAUGGCGUCGAAAGAUUCAACGGGGGAGAAAUGGUGUCGGGGCAGAGCGCGCGAAAUGCAUAAAAUUCCCUUUCACCCCCCAAAAUUUGCGUUCAUUCGUGCCGCUUUUUCUCCGAAGAAAUGCGCAAUUAUUUACCCCUAGUUUACGCGGCUGGGUAGUUUUACCGGAGCAGUUUAGGGAAAGUACCUUUGCUCAAGGGCACCGCAGGUGGUGGUGGGAUUCAAACCUGCGACCUUUGGGUGCGAGUUGGAAUCCGGCUCUGAUCCAGUCCUUUGAAAGACCUUGAACGCAAGGCCAGUCUCUACUUUGAGUUCACCUGGCUCUGGGGUAAAUGUACCAUGCUGGACUCUCUGUUCCACUGUGCUUCAUGGCAUUCUGAACCCCCCCCCACUGCCAGGGAGGCUGUUGGCCCUCCCGAUGUAGAGGAAAACAGCUUGAUGCUCCACCCCCCUGUGUCGUCGCAGUCUACUGGGUCGGUAUCGGCAGCUGGCGGGGGGUAAGAUCGCAACCGUUGAAGGGUGCGGUGAUACCGGCGGCACGGCAACGGCGGAGACGCAAACAAAACUCGAUCCGGAGGCGGAGGAGCCGCCCUGUAAUUUCUCGCAUCGUCUGACUCCUAAAGCUCGGCCGGACCCCGUGCGCAAUCCGUAUUUUGUCCCGUGGGCCUCCUGUUACCUUAGAACGUUUAGCAGUUUAGAAUUUCUUCAUCGUUUCUCUGCCGUUGAAAGGCGAGGGUUGGGCCUCCUUCCUCAUUCAAGGAUCGCGAUGAAUGAGCGGCCGACAAAGGAUUUCCCUCUGUCUGAUAUCAUGCACGUUCAGUAAGAGAAAGGGAAGAGGCGCUACACUGGGUGGGAACAAUGCAGGGCACACGGUGGUGGUGGACUCAGUGGAGUACGACUUCCACCUGCUGCCCAGUGGCAUCAUCAACCCCAAGGUCACCGCUUUCAUCGGAAACGGAGUGGUGAUCCACCUGCCGGGCCUCUUCGAGGAGGCCGACAAGAACCUGCGCAAGGGAAAAGGACUGGAAGGCUGGGAGAAGAGGCUCAUCAUUUCGGACAGAGCGCACAUCGUGUUCGACUUCCACCAGGCGGUCGACGACGUGCAGGAGCAGCAGCGGCAGCAGCAGGCGGGGAAGAACCUGGGAACGACGAAAAAGGGCAUCGGUCCCGUGUACUCAGCCAAAGCUGCCCGCAGCGGCCUGCGGAUAUGCGACCUCCUCUCGGACUUCCAGGACUUCUCGGAAAGGUACAAGGUGCUAGCCAAGCAGUACAAGUCCAUGUACCCGACGCUGGACAUCGAUGUUGACGGGGAGCUCGAGAAGCUGAAGGCCUACGUGGACAGGAUAAAACCGAUGGUGUGCGAUGGCGUCUACUUCAUGCACAAGGCACUGCAUGGACCCCCCAAGAAGAUCCUGGUUGAGGGGGCCAACGCCACCCUGCUAGACAUCGACUUUGGCACGUACCCCUUCGUGACGUCGUCCAACUGCACGGUGGGAGGCGUGUGCACGGGCCUGGGCAUGCCGCCGAAGAAUGUGGGAGACGUGUACGGCGUGGUUAAGGCCUACACCACGCGGGUGGGCAUCGGCGCCUUCCCCUCGGAGCAGAACAAUGAAAUCGGAGAGCUGCUGCAGACCCGGGGCAAGGAGGUGGGCGUGACCACGGGUCGCAAGAGGAGGUGCGGUUGGCUGGACCUGGUGCUUGUCAAAUACGCCCACAUGAUCAACGGCUUCACCGCCAUUGCUCUUACCAAACUGGACAUCUUGGAUGUGUUGGAGGAAAUUAAAGUGGGUGUGGCGUACAAGGUGGACAACGAGUUAAUACCUCACUUCCCAGCCAACCAAGAAAUCCUGCACAAAGUGGAGGUCCAGUACGACACGCUGCCUGGCUGGAAGAGCGACACGUCGGGCGCCCGGACCUUCGAGGACCUGCCGGAGAACGCUCGGAAAUAUGUCCGCUUCAUUGAGAAGCACCUGGAAGUGCCUGUCAAGUGGAUUGGUGUGGGAAAGUCCCGGGAGUCCAUGAUCCAGCUCUUCUGAGAGAGUGGACCCCCCCCCUCCACGAAGAAGACCACAACCAGUCAUGCUGACCCCACCCCACCCCACCCCACCCCACCCUCUACCCCCUGUCCUGGAUUUCAGGCCGGGGGGGAGGGUGUGGGGGCCGUGGCGCCGGGGACACCCCCCCGCUGCAUGCAGACUUCUCUCUGCCCUCUGGGUGGUGAAGGUGCCAUAUCACCCUAACAGGAAACGAGGGGAGGGGGCAUUUGUGGAGUCGCCACGCCCCCCCGCUGCUAUCCAAGGACAGGUUAACCUCACAGGGCGCGAGCGACGAAUGGUGAUAUAAUUAAAACAAGGGCAGCCCCCCCCUCGCCCCAUCCUGUCGGAGUAGCUUCGGAAACCUCCGGAACCCCUUAAAACACCCGUCUGCAUGCCUCCGUGUCACGUAGCUCCCAUCGUUUGCCCGCGUCGCUUUAAAAAUGUCCUUUCUUUUACGUUUUCGGUCUGCGCACCGUCACAGCGGCCCUUUAGGAACGCACUCUUGAGCGUACGGAUGGAGGUGCAGCUGAUCUCAGCGCUACAGGCGGAACUCGGUCACUCAGCCCCAGGUUACGUACCGUGUUUCAGCGAGCUUCCACUGGACUACAGGAACGUCGCCACCGGACUCCAGGAACAUCGUUAUUCUCAUCGAUUUGUGUGCGGGUUCCCUUUGCGAGCCUCUUGUCAACGUUUGUUAUACGUGAUCCGUAACAGCUGACGCUUCGGGAGAACGACUCGAUUUCAAGGACCCGUCGCCCACACCGCAGUGGAGGCGUUCGCGGUGGUAACCGGUGCGAUGACCCCGUUUUGGGGAAGAGGAUCGUAAAGAUGCCGAAAAAGGCAAAGGUGCCUUUCUGUAGACUCCACUUGAGUGACAUUUAGAUUUGACACAAGAAUGUAUUUUUAAAGUGGGUCGUGCUGGUUUAGUUUUUUCUCUUUUUUUUUUUCUUUUUUUUUUGUGGUCUUCUGAACCAUCUGUCUUAUUUAAUUUCAAUUUGGAUCGAUGUGUGUCGCCCCUGUAAAUGUCUGUUCUACACACGAUCUGUAAACCACUGAUGCUUCCAGGUUGUUCUGAACCACUGAACCAAGCCAUCUGACAUUUUCUCAGCGCUUUCUUCUCUUUUUUUUUUUUCAUUUGGAAAAGGAGUCCAAAUAAACUGCUGUUUUUACUCAAUUAAAGAAAAAAAAAAAAUGACUUGUGUGCGGGGAACUUGAGUGCCAUGUCAGUGGUGCUGGAGCUCCGGUGGAGUCAAGCUCUGUGUCAAUGUGUAGCGCCCUCGUUGACCUCUGGGGGGCGCUGCAUCCCCACCUUCUCCACCCUGCGGGAUUCCAGCGUUCCAGGCAGGUACCAGCCAGGAGAC